AUGGCUAAUCUAUCUGCAAUACUCAUGUCAUUGCUAUCUUUGGUAAUGUUGAUGCUUUUUAGAGGUUGUAAUGCUGGUGGAAUUGCUAUCUAUUGGGGUCAAAAUGGAAAUGAAGGCACAUUAGCAGAGACUUGUGCCACCGGGAAUUAUGAUUUCGUGAACCUGGCUUUUCUGGCAACUUUUGGCAAUGGUCAGACUCCGGUGAUCAACCUUGCUGGUCAUUGCGAUCCAUCCAGUAAUGGCUGCAUUGGAUUGAGUUCCGAUAUAAAAUCAUGUCAAGCAGAAGGAGUAAAAGUGAUACUUUCUAUUGGAGGAGGGGCCGGGAGCUACUCUCUUACCUCUGCUGAAGAUGCUAGGCAAGUCGCAACUUACCUUUGGGACAACUUCUUGGGGGGACAAGCAUCUUCGCGCCCUCUUGGUGAUGCUGUUUUGGAUGGAAUUGACUUUGAUAUUGAACUAGGAACGGAUCAACACUGGGACGAUUUAGCGAGGUUUCUUUCUGCAUAUAGCAAUCAGGGUAAGAAGGUAUACUUAACAGCAGCCCCUCAGUGCCCUUUUCCUGAUGCAUGGGUGGGAGCUGCCCUUAAGACGGGUCUUUUUGACUAUGUUUGGGUACAAUUCUUUAACAACCCUCCUUGCCAGUACAGUUCUGCUGAUGUAAGUAACCUUGAAAGUGCAUGGAACCAGUGGACUUCUGAUAUCCCAGCCACCAAGAUCUUUUUAGGCCUACCUGCAGCUCCUGAUGCAGCGGGAAGUGGCUUCAUUCCUGUCGAUGAUCUUACUUCACAAGUGCUUCCUGCAAUCAAGAGUUCUGCCAAGUAUGGAGGAGUCAUGCUGUGGUCCAAAUUUUAUGAUGAUCAAACAGGAUACAGUUCUUCCAUUAAGAGUGAUGUCUGA